AUGCAGGUCCCGAUCCUGCAGCCACUGGGAUCCUCCUUUCGACCUCGGCUUGGGCAUAACCGAGACCGGAGUACACAAGCGUGUGUUUUUACAACACGCUCCUGUCUGGAAGACUGCAAACUGGACAAAGAGAGGAUAGAACAAUUCUGCACGGAAAAUCAGAAAAACAAGGAUGCCUUGGAAAACCUGUUGGGAAGAAGCAUUACAAGGAUUGUGAAAAAGUUCUUUAUUGGUGGACAGCUCGAGAAAGUGACGUUCGCUCUUAGCAACAGUGAUUCAGGAUCACAGCCGGAUGUUACUUUUAGUUGCACGAUGGAGCAAUUGCAGACCUGCAUCGUGCGAUACUUGGAAACCAGCAAGUACUGCCCUAUCUGCGACGUCCAGGUGCACAAAACCCGGCCGCUGCUGAACAUCAGGAUGGAGUCUGACAAAACUCUCCAAGAUAUUGUAUACAAGCUAGUACCAGGCCUUUUCAAAAAUGAAAUGAAAAGAAGACGGGAUUUUUAUGCUGCUCAUCCGUCGGCUGAUGCUGCCAAUGGCUCUAAUGAAGACAGGGGAGAAGUGGCUGGGGAAGACAAAAGAAUUAUAACAGACGACGAGAUAAUAAGCUUAUCCAUUGAAUUCUUUGACCAGAAUAGACUGGAACGAAAAGGAAAUAAGGAGAAAGAAAAAUCAAAGGAAGAGGUGAAUGACAAAAGAUACUUACGCUGCCCGGCAGCAAUGACAGUGAUGCAUCUAAGAAAGUUCAAAGAGUUUGGGGGGUUUUUUUCAAAUCGCUUCCAGAUCGACGUGAUGUAUGAAGAGGAGCCUCUGAAGGACUACUACACCCUCAUGGACAUUGCCUACAUCUACACCUGGAGGCGGAACGGGCCUCUCCCCCUCAAGUACCGGGUGCGACCUACUUGCAAGAGGAUGAAGAUCGGUCACCAGAGGGAAGGCUUGAACAACAGCGGGGAGCUGGAAAGUGACUCUGGGAGCGACAAGGCGAGCAGCCCAGCGGGAGGCAUCCCCUCCACCUCCUCCUGUUUGCCCAGCCCCAGCACACCGGUCCAGUCGCCGCACCCCCAGUUCCCCCACAUCUCCAGCACCAUGAACGGCACCAGCAGCAGCCCCAGCAGUAACCACCAGUCCUCCUUUACCAACAGAGCACGGAAAACGUCAAUAAAUGGCUCCUCGGCCACUUCAUCUGGUUGACUGCCAACCAGGCGACCGCCCCCCACCUGCCCCUCCUUUAUAUAGAUCUCUCCAUGCCAUUACAGCUUUAUAGAUGCUAAUCCAUGUGACUAUCGUCCAAAUUGCUUUCUUUUGUAGUGACACUGAACUUGGCUAUAAAAGGCGGACUACGGGACAUUCAGGACGGACGUUAAUGGAAAUGCAAGAUUGAAAUGUAAAUUGUUUUCAGAGGACUGGGAGGCAAACAAAAGUUACACCUUCACCUGUUCUGAGUGAUGUGGAGUUGUUUCCGUCCCCAUCGUCUGGACUCGGGAGUCUCCAGAAGUGGACACAAAUCCCGGGAAGUAGUUUGUUAAUCCAGACUAACUCCUCCAUUGCGUUCUCUUCGAUUGUUAUUGUUCUUAUGCUGUUUUGUGAACCUGUAGAAAGCAAGUGCUUUUUCAUCUUGAAAUCCAACAGAACGGAAAGAAUAUGCAUAGAAUAAUGCAUAUAUGUAGCCAUGUCACUGUGAAUAA